AUGACGUCAACAGCGAAUUACAACAACAGCGGAAAAGAUUCAUACUUUUCAGAGAUAAAAAAGAGUGAAUUAGGACUAAUUAAAAAUAAUUUAUCAACAGCAAUCAAUGAAAGAAAUGCCGAUAAGAUUAAAGAUAUUUUACAACGUAUCAUUUAUUAUAUGACCAUUGGUAUGGACGUAUCAGUGUUAUUCCCUGAUGUUAUCAUGGUUGCAAGUAGUAAUGAUAUAAUAAUAAAGAAAUUAGUCUAUUUAUACAUUGUACAUUAUUCAAAAAGUAAUCCAGAUUUAUUAUUAUUAGUUGUAAAUACAUUAAGAAGAGAUUGUAUUGAUAGAAAUCCAAUUAUUAGAGGCCUUGCAUUAAGAAGUUUAUGUUCAUUAGAUUCAAAAAAUACAUUAGAAUAUGCAACAAUUGAAAUUAAUAGAUCGUUAACAGAUUUUUCAGGAUAUGUUAGAAAAACAGCAUUAUUAGGUUUAGCGAAAUUAUAUCAUUUAUCAAAGGAAGCAUUCGAUUUGGAUAUUAUAAUACCAAAGAUAUUCGAUAUGAUUAUGGAUCAAGAUCCACAAGUUAUAGUCAAUGCGGUUUCAACAUUAAAUGAAAUUAAACCAGGUUGGUCAUUCACUUUUGAUUUAGUUCAACAUUUAAUGAUAAAAUUUAAAGAAUUUAAUGAAUGGUCACAAUGUAUAAUUUUAGAAUGUUUAUCAAGAUAUACACCAUCUUCUGAAGAUGAAUCAUUAGAUAUAUUAAAUUUAUUAGAUGAUAGAUUAAGUCAUUCAAAUAGUGCAUUAACAUUAUCAACAAUUAAAAUAUUUUUAAAAUAUACUGAUGAAUUUGAAGAGAUACAAGAACAAGUUUAUGAAAGAAUUAAAGAACCAUUGAUUACAUUGAUGGAGAGUUCAGAAUCGAAUGAAACAUCAUUUACAAUACUUCAUCAUAUUCAUUUAUUGAUGAGUAGAUCACCAAGAUUAUUCAAUAGAUAUUAUAAACAUUUCUAUUGUAAAUUCGAUGAUCCAUUGUAUAUUAAAACUUUAAAAGUUCAAGUAUUGAAAGAGAUUGCCUCCAAUCAAACAUUUAUAGAAUCAAUAGAUGAAAUACUUCAAGAAUUAUCAGAAUACGUUUACGAAGGUGACCAUUCCUUAUGUAAACAAUCAAUUAAUGCAAUCACUGUAAUAGCUCAAAAACAUAAAAAUACUCAAGAGAAAUAUCCAAUUGAUGAAAGUGUUUUAGAGAAAAUAUUUUUACCAUAUCUUUCAGUUUCUUCAAAUUUAGGUGGUGCCGGCGAUGACAACAUUUCAAUUAAUGAAGGUAUUUUAUCAUUUAUAUUGAUAUCAUUAAAAGAUUUUUUAAGAGUAUUUCCAAAACAUUUGAAAACAGUUUUACCAUAUAUAAAUGAAAAUUUAAUUGGAAUUGGUAGUGUUUCAAAUUACACUUUACCACCAUCAGCUAAUGAAUCAGUGCUUUGGAUGUUGGGCGAAUCACCAAAUUCUCAAGUAAAUUCACCAUACAUCAUUGAAGAGUUUUUCAAUGAGAAAUUCGAUCAACAACCAACUUUUGUUAAAACUCAAUUACUCACCACUAGUUUAAAGGUGUUUUUCGAUCGUCCUGGUGAGAUGUUACCAAUUUUAAAGAGAAUUUUAAAGAAAUGUUGUUCUGAUUUAUCUCAAGAUCCAGGUUUACAUGAAAUUUCAUUAUUCUAUUCAAGAAUCAUAUUAUUAUUAGAUAUUGAUAAAGCAGCUUCAAUUAUAAACUCUUCAAAACAAACCACUUCAAUCAAUACAUUUUUAGAGGAUGAAAUUAAUGAAUAUCGUGAUAAAAUCUUUGAUGAAUUUAAUACUCUAUCAGUUUUAUUUGGUAAACAUUCUACAAAAUUCAUUAAAAAUAAAAAACAAAUUGAAAAUGAAAAAUUACAAUUUUUAGAAAAUCAAAAGAAUUAUUUACUUUCAAUUACUGAUGGUAAUCAAAAUAAUAAUCAAAAUAAUAAUCAAAAUAAUAAUCAAAAUAAUAAUCAAAAUAAUAAUCAAAACAAUCAAAAUAAUAAUAAUCAAAAUAAUAAUAGUAAACAAUUAUUAAAAGAAAUUGAAUCAUCACCAAAUAAUUUAAUUGAUACAUUUAUUUUAGAUCAACAACCAGAAUUAUCACCAGAAUUAUUUCAAUCAUUAUGGUUAUCACUUGAAGAUGGUCAUAAAAUUGAUAUUCAAUUAGAUUCACCAAUUGAUAAUAGUGAAAUUGAAUCAGUUAUGUCAAAACAAGGUAUUAUAUGCUUAGCAUUUGGUAGUGUUGAUCAACAAACAAAAUUAUAUUAUUAUGCUCGUCAAAAUUUAUCAUUUGAUAUUGAUUUUAAUAGUGAACAAAAUCAACAACAACCCCAACCAAUAUUUAUUAUAGAAAUUUUAAUUGAUGAAAAUACUUUAUUAAUGAGUAUUUUAUUUAAAUCACCAAUUUUAAAAACACUUCAUAACAAAUUCAUUCCAAAAUUCUUAUCAAUCUUAUCAAUUCCAAUUCCAAAGAUUUUUAAUUAA